UAGACUCGGAGGGAGGCUGAGAGUGGCGGACGAUGAAACAAUUGACGACGACGAUCGGAGCAGGCGUUUGGGCGACCGAGAGGCGGGACGGGCUGCCCGAGGCGACGAUCGGCCACGUCCAAUCCUCGUCAUCCGCGCCCGGAAAAGGGGCGGUGUUUCAGAAAUCGGAGAUCAGCCCCCGCGCUCGAAGCCCCUAAGAACCUUCCAUCGGAUUGGACCCCCUGUUGCCAUGGUGCCAUGGUGCCAUGGUUGAUACUAAUAGCUGAGGCCAUGGUGCGGCGGGGAGAUGAGAUGAUGAGAAAAGCACCGAUGAAUAGAAAGAGUCUUUCUUGGACAGUAUGAUACGGGACACUGACGGAAAGGGACACACCCACGUGGGAUCUCGUGACAUGGCUUCCCAUUCAAUCGUCAUCUUGCAUCCUUCAUUUCGUCCGCGAUGCCAAUGCCAAUGCCAAUGCCAAUGUCGAAUGGACCACCAUCAUAUGAAAAAUGGACUUACUACAACCGAUGACGCUCCGUGGAGGGUCCAAAGGAAGAAAGGGCGGUUCCUUGGAUCAUUGGAAUCCCUCCAAGACAACUGGCAGCUCCCCAGUGGAUCUAGAGCAUCAGGGUUGUUUCAGCUGCAUCGCACUCUCCUUCCUUCCAAUUCCUUCCCCAACACCGUUAAUGGCCAUGGCAUCGACCCGUUCGACGUGUCUCUCAGGAUCCCCUCCGGUUGUUCAUCGCCCGCGCUGGCCGCUUGGUGGAUACAACGAGUGACACAUCUCUUGGGUAGCCCCCCAGAUUCCUUGGGUCCGCCGUCGGGCGACAUCCGCGCAAGUGGCCUCGAGCCUUCCAGCCCUUUCACAUGAUGCCGGUGUUCUUCCUUCGGGGUGGAGUACGGAGUCGUUGCCUUGCUCGAUCCACUUGCCCGGGCAGAGACGCAUCGGGCCAUUCAUCGGAGGUCUACGUAGGUG